GUUAUGGUUCCUAUCACUAUUGUUAAUAUUACAGGACCCGGUGGUUAAGAUGGAGCUCUCCUCCCUCACUCAUGCCGUGAAGAGACGAUACAUGUUACGACAUGUGGGUCUGGAAUUAUUCUCCCGAGGGGGUCAGAGUAUAUUUCUGGUCCUCUCCUCCACGUCAAAGAGGAACAGUCUCUAUGAUAAGUUGGUAGGGGUGAGGGGUGUGUCCCUACAGGUUCCUGAUCUGACUGAUGCUACUCAGAAGUGGCAAACUGGAGAAAUAUCUAAUUAUGAUUACCUCAUGUUCCUUAACUUUGUUGCUGAUCAGAGUUUCAAUGAUAUCAUGCAAUAUCCUGUGUUUUCAUGGAUACUAGCUGACUACACUAGUACUACCCUAGAUUUAACAAAGUCAGAUACAUUCAGAGAUUUAUCUAAACCAAUAGGAGCACUGAAUGAAGAGAGACUAGCAUUCUUUAAAGAUCGUUAUGCUGAGAUGUCUGGAAGGAAGUUUCUUUAUGGUACUCACUACUCAGCACCUGGUUAUGUACUGUACUAUCUAGUCAGAACUGUCCAGCAGUGUGUUCCAGUGUAUCCAGUAUCACAGUGAUCAUGAAUCCCAGUACAGGUGUACCAGGAAGGUAUCAACAGUGAUAUGUGUCCAUGAUGUACAGUGUCUUGAACCUGAUUGUAAUAAUCACGGGUCAUGUGACAUGGGGGUGUGUUCAUGUGAGUCUCCAUGGACCGGAGAUACUUGUGGAUCUGUUAACUGUUCACUGACUGAUUGUAAUGGACACGGAAUAUGUAUGGAAGGUUUAUGUACAUGUGAUCCUGGAUGG